AUUUUGGAGGAAAGUUUGGAAUUCCUGAUACAUUGGUGGAAAGAAGGAGGAGGGGAGAGCGCCGAGCAAAGGAACUUUGACUUGUGGAAAUAUUGCCGGACCGAGAUAGAUAAAAGCUUGAGAGCGGGAAACGAAUAAUUCAGCACUCAGAAACAAAAAAGAGGAUUUUACUCCCUAAAUGCACAGACUGAACUUUGGGAUUCGUUACUCGCAGUUUCUUCUGCCACUUUGAACUGCACUGCACAUGUUCUCAGAUUUUCAGGCUGCUCAAUGAAUUGCAUCGUACAGAGCUGGGCUUACUGAGAACCGGUUUGUUUAUGUUUAGUGUAUGAGAAUUGAUUGGAGAUACGAACGUGACAUACGACAGUAGUGUUUCACAUAGCUGUUAGUGGGAAACUGGUGUCGGGAAUCCUGCGCUGUCUCUACUGGCACUAACCUAAAUGAACCCUGUCAGUUAGCCCUGCCAGGGAUACAAGCUGGUCACAUUGGCAUUCACGGCGGGUCAUCUGAAUAGGCUUUAAUCUACCAAAAAAAAUCGGAUUCAUUGCAUGUUUUAUAGUCCAGUAAGAAAAAACGGUGCCUUUUGUAGUCUAUUGAACGGGCGGGAGCUAUAGCGCACAUUGCGUUUUUUGAGGAGAGAAGAGACUAGUUUCUGUUCAUGCUAAAACGGUGUAAACUCCUGGCUCUGCCCCUCUGGCAACUGUAGCAAAGGAUAUCUGAAGCAAGGGAGUGUAGGCUACUACACCAAACAUUAGCCUGCACGAAACAGUGCCUGCGUCUACUUUUCCUGCUGCACUUGGGAGCUGUCAUGCCUAUACGAAAGAAAGAUGCUCAAAGAGCUUUACUGCUCAUGGAGGAAUACAAGACGAAACUUGGACAGACAGAAGACAGACAACUCAGACAGUCACUAGAAAGACUCAUCAACAUCUUUCAGAGCAACCUCUUCCAAGCCUUGAUAGAUAUCCAGGAGUUUUAUGAAGUGACCUUACAGGAAGGCCAGACAUCUGUAGAGCCAGUCAAGCCUGCAGAGCCCCCAGCUCCCCCUGUCACCCUGUGGGACUUCUCCAGCCUUCCCUCCCCCUCUACAGCUGUCACCUCUGACACCCUGCCCAGCAGCCUUACGUCCAGCAUAGAGAAGUACAGGAUUCAGGAUGAGGAUGGUUCUACCCCCCAGCAGGACCAGGGUCAGUCUCAGGCCUGUCCCCAGCACCCCUACCCCAGCCUGGAGGAGAGAGGCAGAGAGCGGGAGCUGCCAGGGAGCCACCACGGGACCCUCCGCAGCCAUCAUGGAGGAGGAACCCUGGACGGGUACCACCACGGCAGGGGAGAGAGAGAGGGCAGGGGGGAGGGACGGCCAGAGCUGGUCCAGGUAGCGGAGAAAAACCUGUCUCAGAUAGAGAACGUCCAUGGAUAUGUCUCCCACGCACACAUCUCCCCUAUGAAGGUAGAGUCGUUGGAGUGUAUCUUCGACGCUGGCUCGCCUGUAGGCUAUGAGGACGUUCCUGUUCCUGACUUCUCUACGCUGUAUGCUACCCACCACGCCCUUCUACAGCAGCCAGAUGUGGUGGUCCCGCCCCCCGUACCCAUAAUCCCUGUGAUCCCCAUCCCAGCCGAGACCACUCCUGUCAUCUCUCCACCCUCCUCUCUGCCUGCACCCGCGUCACCCACGUCACCCACGUCACAGGCAAACCCACCUCCUGUGGUGGUCAACACAGACAGCUUGGACAGCCCCCCAUACGCGAAUGGAUCUGAAGCUGAUUAUGAGUAUGAUGAGAUCACACUGGAACGGGGUAACUCUGGGUUGGGCUUCAGUAUUGCAGGGGGGACAGAUAACCCCCACAUCGGUGAAGACCCCAGUAUCUUCAUCACCAAGAUUAUCCCUGGGGGAGCUGCAGCUCAGGACGAACGUCUCAGAGUGAAUGACUGCAUCCUGAGAGUGAACGAGGCAGACGUGAGGGAUGUGACCCACAGUAAGGCUGUGGAGGCCCUGAAGGAGGCCGGCUGCAUCGUCAGGCUCUACAUCCGCAGGAGAAAAGCCCUCUCGGAGAAGAUCCUGGAGCUCAAACUAGUCAAAGGUCCCAAAGGGCUAGGAUUCAGUAUUGCGGGGGGAGUAGGGAACCAGCACAUUCCAGGAGACAACAGCAUCUAUGUCACCAAGGUCAUCGAGGGAGGGGCUGCACACAAAGACCAGAGGCUGCAGAUAGGAGACAAACUAUUGGCUGUAAACAGCGCUUGCCUUGAGGAAGUGAGUCACGAGGAUGCCGUGGCAGCCUUGAAAAACACCCCUGAUGUGGUUUCCUUGAAAGUGGCGAAGCCCACCAGUGUCUUCAUGAACGACAGCUUCGCUCCCCCCGACAUCACCAACUCGUAUUCCCCUCACAUGGACAACCAUAUCAGCCCUUCCAACUACCUGAGCCGGCCCCAUACCCCCGCCACGCCUGGACGCUACUCCCCCGUCCCCAAGAGCAUGCUAGGAGACGACGAGGUGACAAGGGAGCCCAGGAAGGUGGUGUUGCACCGUGGUUCUACAGGCCUGGGUUUUAACAUCGUAGGAGGAGAGGAUGGAGAGGGAAUCUUUAUCUCCUUCAUCCUGGCUGGUGGACCUGCUGACCUCUGUGGAGAGCUUCGCAAAGGAGACCGCAUCAUCUCAGUGAACGGGGUCGACCUGCGCAGUGCAACCCAUGAGCAGGCUGCAGCAGCUCUGAAGAAUGCUGGACAGACUGUGACCAUCACAGGCCAGUACAGGCCAGAGGAGUACAGUCGGUUUGAAGCCAAGAUCCAUGAUCUACGUGAACAGAUGAUGAACAGCAGUAUCAGCAGUGGCUCUCUGCGGACCAGCCAGAAGAGAACUCUCUAUGUCAGGGCGCUGUUUGACUAUGACCGGGCGAAGGACUCGGGGCUGCCCAGCCAGGGGCUCAACUUCCACUUUGGAGACAUACUUCAUGUGGUGAAUGCCUCCGAUGACGAGUGGUGGCAGGCACGGCAGGUGACCCAUGAAGGAGAGGUGGAAGAGGUUGGAGUCAUCCCCAGCAGGAGGAGGGUCGAAAAGAAAGAGAGAGCGCGGUUAAAGACAGUCAAAUUCAACGCCCGGUCUCAAGACAAAGUGCAGUCAUUCAAUGACAAGCGUAAAAAGAACCUAUUUUCCAGAAAGUUCCCUUUCUACAACAAGAGCAAGGAGCACAGCGAACAGGAAACGAGCGAUGCUGACCAGCAUGUUACCUCUAACGCCAGUGAUAGUGAAAGUAGUUACCGUGGCCAGGAGGAGUACGUCCUGUCCUACGAGCCAAUCACACAGCAGGAAGUGAACUACACACGGCCUGUCAUUAUCCUGGGGCCAAUGAAAGACCGCAUCAACGAUGACCUCAUCUCAGAGUUCCCCGACAAAUUUGGGUCCUGUGUCCCACACACGACCAGACCGAAGCGGGAUUACGAGGUGGAUGCCAGAGACUACCAUUUUGUGGUGUCCAGGGAGCAGAUGGAGAAAGAUAUCCAGGACCACAAGUUCAUUGAGGCGGGCCAGUACAACAACCACCUGUAUGGAACCAGCGUCCAGUCUGUACGGGAGGUCGCUGAGAAGGGGAAGCAUUGCAUCCUGGAUGUUUCAGGCAACGCCAUCAAGCGCCUGCAGUCGACCAUGCUCUACCCCAUCGCUAUUUUCAUCAAGCCCAAGUCUGUGGAGAAUAUCCUGGAGAUGAAUAAGAGGCUAACAGAGGACCAGGGGAGGAAGACGUUCGACCGAGCCAUGAAGCUGGAGCAGGAGUUCACUGAGCACUUCACUGCUAUCGUCCAGGGCGACUCUCUGGAGGAGAUUUAUAACAUGGUGAAGAGGAUCAUCGAGGAGCAGUCAGGACCCUUCAUCUGGGUGCCUGCCAAGGACAAGUUGUGAAGGAAGAGAAACAGAAGAGAUGACCUUUUCUUUUUGCCGUCCUCGUUUUCUUCUUUGAUUUUACGUCUAAUUUUAUGCCCUGAGCAUAGGACCCCCCCUUCCCUUUCACUUAUACCCCCCCCGCGCCGCCCUGCUCCCCUCUGUCACACUGGCUGGUGUCCUUACAUUAGUGUCUGGGGAUCUGAUCACGCAUAGACCCACAUACACACACACACACACACACAAAAUUCUUUAAUGCUUUCUCUAUCACACACUCGCUCACUCUCUCUCUCACACUCUCUCUCUCACGCUCGCUCUCUCGCGCUCGCUCUCUCUCUCGCGCUCUCUCUCUCGUGUUUUCUUGGGCUGUCCUUGUAUCUGGGUGUUUUUCCUGCUAAGGAGGUACGGGCUUUGGCAACCAGCGUCUUAUGGGGAGAUUUUUAUGGUACAAGUCCUUAAUGUUUAAGGAACAUGAUUUAGAUGCAUAUAUAUACAAAUAAUAAAUCAUUUCUUGUACUUUUUUUUCCUUCAUAUUAUUGAAAGGAAAUGCUUUCAUGUCUGGGGUUCGUAAAGGAAAUGCUUUCAUGUCUGGGGUUCGUAAAGGAAAUGCUUUCAUGUCUGGGGUUCGUAAAGGAAAUGCAUUCAUGUCUGGGGUUCGUAAAGGAAAUGCUUUCAUGUCUGGGGUUCGUAAAGGAAAUGCAUUCAUGUCUGGGGUUCGUAAAGGAAAUGACAUGAGGCUAAACUUAGCACGUUAUAGCUUUAAAAGAGCAUGUUUCAUAGUGUUCUCAUCAUUCCCUCGUCGUGUUUUACCUCGUCAUGUUUUUGUCGUUCUUUAGUUGUCCUUUGUCUCUGCUCACGUGACGGCCAUACGUACUAUUCAAACUGCACAGAGGGAACUAAAGGUUAGAGAGUGAUGAGUGGACUUCACUCUGACACACACACACACACGAGGCUGUUUCUUAUCAUAGCCGCCUUCACUGACUUUAACGAUCCCUGAUGAUUUGAUUCUGUUCUUUGUCCAUUCAGCUUUCAGGUUAAUUUCCUGAACAGGAAUAGAGUAAAUGAAAGGCUGUUUUUAAACUGACUCCAGGUGUAUUAGUAGUAGUAAGAAGGAAACAAAAACCCGAAAGAAUUUAUUGUACACUGAGAUUUUAAUGUAUAUUUAACCCUCAGUCUACUGCCUAUUUUGUUAUAAUAAAAAGUCUAUAUUGAGCUUUACUUCAAAACUCAUACAGCUAUGGGGAAUUAUUUUCUUUGUUAUGUUGAACGUAUAAAUAUGAAUAUAUAUAAAUAUAUAAAUAUAUUUUCCUUUACUUUCACCAACACCUAUCGGUUUCAGUUAGUUUCUUAUGCAUUCAGUAGAACAGAGGAGACCUGUGGUCCUGAGUCAGAUCCCUCUGUAAGGUCAGAGAAUGGGGUUAAGGUUAGGAACAGGACACACGUACACCCCCUAACUCUGACCUCCGCUGACUGGCUGGGGUGUGAACUAUGUUGGUGAAGCAGUGGAAAUGUAAAGUCACCGACAUGGUGGCCUGGUUCUGGUUCUGGUUCUGGUUCUCCUCUCCCCAUCUCCAUCUCCACUUCCCUGUGAGUUUCCUUUUUCAUGUGAUGUGCAUGUUUUUUAGAAGCAGUAUUCUUUAUUAAAUAACAAACAGGGGGGGAGGGUGGGGGGGAGUCGGUGUUCACCGAGGAUUGUGACGUCAUAUCUUCAAGCUCCGCGAGAGGAUCGUUCAGACAGACACACACUGGAGUAGACAGAGUGUGUGUCCUCAAGAGUCCUCAAGAGUGUGUGUGUGUGUGUGUGUGUGGACAUGGCCGUUGUUCGUAUCUGAAGGGGGAAAGAUCUAACAAUGCGCUUUCGAAGCGCGAUGCCUUUAACUGUCCUCCGGAGGACUCCGUGCUGGAAUCCUCCCUCCUUCUCCUGCUUCCACAGAGAUGAUUGUUUUCUAUAAGACUUGUUCUUCUUCUGGUUCUUCUUGUUCUUCACCACCUCACCACUGCUUUCUAUCUCACUUUUGGAUUCGAGUUUGUAAAUAAUCCCUUUCCUGAUUCAUUCAAUUUGUCAUAAAGAGGAGAACUGCCAAUAAACCCUUUCUCAUACAUCA